CGGCGGUGGUGUCCUUGCGGCGCAGCCCGGGACACGAGCGCAUCGUCGCAGGUCAGCGCGGCGCGGCUACUCGAGCUCUGAGAGGCCCACGGGCAGCGUCCACCAUGUUGUCCCGGGCGGCGUGCAGCACGAGCAGGAAACUGGUGCCGGCCCUGGGCGUGCUGGGCUCCCGGCAGAAGCACAGCCUCCCCGACCUGCCGUACGACUACGGCGCCCUGGAGCCGCACAUCAACGCGCAGAUCAUGCAGCUGCACCACAGCAAGCACCACGCGGCCUACGUGAACAACCUCAACGUCGCCGAGGAGAAGUACCGGGAGGCGCUGGAGAAGGGUGAUGUCACAGCUCAGAUAGCUCUGCAGCCUGCGUUAAAGUUCAACGGUGGGGGCCAUAUCAAUCACAGCAUCUUCUGGACAAAUCUGAGCCCCAACGGUGGUGGAGAACCCAAAGGGGAAUUGCUGGAAGCCAUCAAACGUGACUUUGGUUCCUUUGCCAAAUUUAAGGAAAAGCUGACUGCUGUAUCUGUUGGUGUCCAAGGUUCCGGUUGGGGUUGGCUUGGCUUCAAUAAGGAGCAGGGACGCUUACAGGUUGCUGCUUGUUCUAACCAGGAUCCCCUGCAAGGAACAACAGGUCUUAUCCCCCUGCUGGGGAUUGACGUGUGGGAGCAUGCUUAUUACCUUCAGUAUAAAAAUGUCAGGCCCGAUUAUCUGAAGGCCAUUUGGAACGUGAUCAACUGGGAGAAUGUAACUGCACGAUACACGGCUUGCAGCAAGUAAACCGUCAGCCUUACACUGAGUACACCAAGCUCUUUCUGACUGUUUUUGUAGUAGUGCAGAGAACCAGAUAAACCAGUCCGCUGCUCUGUUGUAGUGUUUUUGAGCGUGGCUUGUUCAAAAAUUUGAUAAAAAUAAUCCACUGCUAUGGAUAAUCUCUUUUAAAAGUUUGUUAUUAGGCAACUGUUUGAAAAUGUUAAGUGCUUUGUAUGAUUUAGGCUUUUGAUUGGACAUUUUCUUCGGAGAGCUAAACUAGCUAGGAGGUGGUAGUUGUCAUCAUAAAACCAUCAAAAAAAACUUCAUCCCCAUGAAGCCUUUCCAAUCCUGUUCAAUUGCAGUUACAGAAAAUCUAAUCUUUUUUGCCCCAGUUGCUUAAUAAUAGAAUAUUAAAUUUAUUUCCCAAGGGAAAUGCUCAGUUUUCUAUUGAAAAUUGCUUUGUUAGUAAUUCUCUGUCCAGUAUUAUUUCUGAUAGUUACCACCCCGUGGUCUUUAAUUAUUUUCUGAUCACAUGCUACAUAGGGUUAACACUAACCAUUUUGUCAUUAAAAAUAUAUAUGACUUGAUUGCUGAGUAUUGCUUUAUUAUGAGAAGGAAAUAGUAGUGCCUCUGAAUUUUUCUGUAGCAAGAAAAAUAAAGACUUGUGAAAUUUUGUCUUGAAACAUAGAAAUGUGUGUUGUCUAAGCACUCAAAAGGGACAAAUUAUGGCCUGGUUAAUAAAAUCAAUGAUAGAGCUGUGGUCACAGAACUUCUGGCUGGGCACUCACCCCUCUUCUGGGUCUGUUCACGACGCCUCCCUCUCGAGAGAACCAGGCUGGCUCAGGUCCUGCCUCCCAAGUGAUGAAAGACAUGUUGGUUUCUGGAUGCAGUCAGACGCAUGCCCCCCUCCAGAACAUUUAUUUGCAAAGGCUUGUUUUUCAGUAAUUUCAUCCAUUUUGAGUUUUUUUUUUUCUUUUGGAAAAGGUACAAUCAAUAUAGAAGCUUUAUAUUGCUUUAUUGGUUUUUCCAAUAAAAGGAAGACUACCCCUAAUUCAGUGACACUGCAAAUGACAUUCCUGCUUAGUUUUUUUGACUGGAGCUGUUCAGUGCAGCAGGGUCCUUUCUGUAUUUGGCUUCAGGUGCUCCAUGUCCAUCAUAUCCCUGCUCAAAAUUAAUGGCUGUAUAAUACUUUAUCAGUUGGACACUUCCUAAUAUAUUUUACAGUCCAGUUACUGAAAAUUUGAUUUAUUUCUAAUUGUUAUUACAAAUAAUGCCAUUAUUUGUGGCAGUCCACAUGGCUUUUACCUUUCUAUUGGAAUAUUUUCUCUCUGUAGGUUUCUUUUCUUAAACUAUUUAGUAACAGGGUGUUUUCUCAAAUUUAUUUUUUCAUUUAAAAAGUUUCCCCCCAACUCUAUUAUCUGUGUUUUUUUUUCCAUAGAAAAAUGGAGUGACUUAGCAGUUUCAAUAUUGAAGACUGAAGUUUUUUUAAAAAAUUUAAAUUCAAGGCACUUUUCAUUUAGAGUUCAAUUAGAAAAGCAGUCUUUCUGAAUUGUCAACAGCAUUUAUGAGACUAGUGUUAACUGUGUGUGUGUGCGCUUGUGGAUUAAAAUGACUCAGAGACUAUGAUCGCCAUCCUUUAUAUGUCAAGUAAAGUGGCUUUCAUGGAGCACAGCUAAGAGCUGAGCAACUGCUGCUAACAUAUAUCUUACAUACACACAUAUAUAUGCCUGUAUAUAUAAAAGCAGUUGUGUGACCACUGGUUAUAUGUAUCCUGUAUACAGAUACACAUGCCUGAGGAAGUGGGACCUUUUUGAAAGAUGGGCUUUUGACUAUAAGUAGUAUUCUAGAUAAUGAACUAUCAAAAGUAAUGCAGAGACUACUGGCAUGUCAAGCUGUUGGACUCCUACUAAGCUUUACGACUCACAAAAAAUUCAAUGUUGAAAUUUCUAUGGGGCUCUAUUUUUGCUUUGAUUGUAUUAAGUGACAACAAGGGAAAGCAUACUGUACUCCACUAAAGUUUUGGAUUUUAAGAGACUGAAGAUGGCAUAUGCAAUACAGAUUUUAACCAUCCAGCAGAAAAUUAGAUUCUAAGAUUCUGUUUAGCCUUGUUUUUCAUUGUAGAAAAGAAACAGAAAAGGUGAAAAUAGCAUUUCUUCUGGAAAGGGCAAGUACUGUUCACCCAGGAAGGGUUUUGUGACCGAAGCAGCAGAAGCUGCUCUAGUCUCAGAUGAGCUGCAGAAACCUUACUUAGCAUGAUCGGUGCCGCAGGGGAGCAGGACGAAGGACGAAGAGUGUUUGUGAAAUAGAACUGUUGUGUAAUAAUGAAACUUUGAUACUGAGAAAUUACAGCUUCACUGCAAAUCUCAGAUUUGUGAUUCUAAAAUGAGAUUUGAGUUUCUGUUGAGUGCCUUGAAAAAGUAACAUCGAAAUCAUAAAAUUUAAGACUGAUGUAUGCUGUCAGUCACAUCUUAAAACGAGGUAGAAGGUACGAAUUUUGUUUCUUGUUUGAAUUGCAGAGGAACUACUCUUUGGGAAAGCUGUGAGGUAGCUGUUUUAUAAAUGACAUCUCAUUUUCAGUCACACUCUCACAGUCCCAUCAAGCUAACAUUCUGUGUUCUAAGGUACAUGUGGUACCUACUAAGAAUCCUGUAAGGUCCUGGAAAGUUUUCAUUUAAUUAUUCAUUAAAGGAGCAUUUAUUUUCAUAUUGUAAGUGUGAAGUUUUUUGAUUGCCAAUAAAAGAAUCUGUUUGCCAUCAAAA